AUGGGAUGGCAGGAUGUUCGCCAAUUUGGCCAGAAGCUGAUGCGCAGGCGACCCCUGGAGCUAAGCACGGGGUCUGAGAAUCGCUUGUCCCGUUGUCUGAACAGCCUGGACCUGGUGGCCCUGGGUGUGGGCAGCACCCUGGGAGCAGGUGUGUACGUCCUGGCUGGGGAAGUAGCCAAAGACAAAGCUGGACCAUCCAUCGUUAUCUGCUUCUUGGUGGCCGCCCUGUCUUCCGUGCUGUCUGGACUCUGCUAUGCCGAGUUUGGGGCCCGGGUGCCAUGCUCUGGCUCUGCGUAUCUCUACAGCUAUGUCACAGUGGGCCAAGUAUUAGCUUUUGUCACCGGCUGGAACCUCAUACUCUCUUAUGUCAUUGGUGCCGCGAGCGUGGCCAGGGCCUGGAGCUUCUCCUUUGACAACCUGAUUGGGAAUCACAUCUCCCGGGCCCUGCAGGGCGUCUUCUCACUGCCCGUGUCUCGUGUCCUGGCUGAGUAUCCAGAUUUCUUCGCGCUGAGCCUUGUGUUGCUCCUCAUUGGUUUACUGGCUCUGGGAGCUCGGGAGUCGGCACUGGUUACCAAAAUAUUCACAGGUGUGAAUCUUUUGGUUCUGAGCGGUAUCACCCUCUCUGGCUUCAUCAAGGGGGAUUUGCACAACUGGCAGCUCACAGAACUGGACUACAAACUGGCCAAACCCGGAUCUAAUGGCACAUACAGCUUGGGCCCUCUGGGCUCUGGAGGGUUUGUGCCUUUUGGCUUCCAUGGGAUUCUCCGUGGAGCAGCUACAUGUUUCUUUGCAUUUAUUGGUUUUGAUUCCAUCGCCACCACAGGGGAGGAAGCCCGCCACCCUCAGCGUUCCAUCCCCGUGGGCAUCGUGGUCUCCCUCUUCAUCUGCUUUCUGGCCUAUUUUGGUGUCUCGGCGGCACUCACCCUCAUGAUGCCCUACUACCAGAUACACAAGGACAGCCCUCUGCCGGAGGCCUUUAUCUACGUCGGAUGGGCCCCUGUAAAAUAUGCAGUGGCCGUUGGCACCCUCUGUGCCCUCUCAUCCAGCCUCCUGGGCGCCAUGUUCCCCAUGCCUCGAGUGAUCUACGCCAUGGCCGAGGACGGGCUCCUUUUCCGCAUCCUUGCCCGGAUCCACGCCCGCACGAGCACCCCGGUGGUGGCCACCAUCGUUUCUGGGGUCAUUGCAGCAUCCAUGGCAUUCCUCUUUGAGCUCAGUGAUCUUGUGGACCUCGCAUCAAUCGGGACCCUGCUUACUUACUCCUUGGUGGCCUUUUCUGUUCUUGUCCUCAGGUACCAGCCAGACCAGAAUUUGCACAGGAGUGAGGAAAUGGAGGUGGAAGAACUUGAGAUGAAGCCUGUACCUGAAGCAAGGUCCCCAGAAUCUGUUCCUGAAGCAGGAACCCCGAAGACUCUGAGGAGUCCAUGUAACCCUGUCAACACCGUCCCCACCCCGAGAUCAGGCUGGACCGUCUAUGGAUGUGCCUCACUGCUUGUAUUCCUGCUGACGAUCCUGUGCCUGGUACUGGCCCACUGGCCGGGAUGGCUCUUCUCCGGAGACCCAGUGUCUAUGGCAGCGGCUGUGUUGCUGCUGGCGCUCAUUGUGGGGACCACGUUCAUCAUUUGGAGACAGCCCCAGAGCAGCACUCCUCUGUACUUCAAGGUCCCGGCUUUGCCUGUCCUCCCACUGUUGAGCAUCUUCGUGAAUGUCUACUUGAUGAUGCAGCUGACCAUUGAGACAUGGGCCCGAUUUGGAGUCUGGAUGGUGAUUGGAUUUGCUAUAUAUUUUGGAUAUGGGAUCCGACACAGCUUGGAGAAGACUGAUCAACAGCCACCGGUCUCAAGCUUCCAAACCCUCAAUGAGAACAUCCAUGGUGAUGAAAUAGUUUAA